GAUCAUUUCGUCCUCUUCAAACCCCUCUUAACGGGCACGGCGACCCAAACAAGUCUUCUUCUUCUCGAUACCUUCACAUCCGAGAUCUCAAAGCCUUCCUCCUCUUCUUUCCGCCGGGAAAUCUCGGAGGGAGGGGGGAUCUGUGGCCGUGGCGUAGGAUUAGGGAUUCUCGAUCCCUCGAUCGGUCUGUUUUUCCUCUAUAUUUUGGGUGUUUCGGUGUGAUUGGCGAUGGCUGCUCCACCUGUUAGGGCUCGGGCCGACUACGAUUACCUCAUCAAGCUUCUCCUGAUCGGCGACAGCGGUGUUGGGAAGAGUUGCCUCCUUUUGCGUUUCUCUGACGGCUCUUUCACAACAAGUUUCAUUACUACUAUAGGUAUUGAUUUUAAGAUUAGAACUAUUGAGCUGGAUGGCAAGCGGAUUAAACUUCAAAUUUGGGAUACUGCUGGUCAGGAGCGCUUUAGAACUAUAACAACUGCUUACUAUAGAGGCGCUAUGGGUAUUUUGCUUGUCUAUGAUGUUACUGAUGAGUCAUCUUUUAACAAUAUAAGGAAUUGGAUUCGCAACAUUGAACAGCAUGCUUCUGAUAACGUUAACAAGAUUCUCGUUGGUAACAAGGCCGACAUGGAUGAAAGCAAACGGGCUGUGCCGACUGCAAAGGGACAAGCACUUGCUGAUGAAUAUGGAAUCAAGUUUUUUGAAACUAGUGCAAAGACAAACCUAAACGUGGAACAGGUCUUCUUUUCAAUAGCUAGAGAUAUCAAGCAAAGACUUGCAGAAACUGAUUCCAAACCUGAGGAUCGAACAAUCAAGAUUAACAAACCAGACCAGGCAGCUGCUGAGGGUACUGCAGCACCGAGAUCAGCGUGUUGUGGGUCUUAGUGACCAGUGAGGUUGUGAUGAAUAGAAUGUUGUUGGGAACUAAAAUGUUUGUCAUACAUAACUGGUGCUAUGAAUAUAAGGAAGAUAUGACGACACUACUUGUAAUUUUAAUUCUUCUAUUUAUUUUCGUUACAUUGGUUCUUAGGCUGGUGAACUAUUCUGUCAUUCUUUCUCUUUUAUGUAUGGUCUUCCGAAAUCAGUAUCUUUACAUCUUUCUGUCA